AUGAGUGGCAUGAGUAUGUCAGAAGAUGACGUUGACUACGAGCUACCCCGGGAUGUAGCUGAUCGAUUGGUGAAGCGCACGGAACUUCAUGUGUCUCAGGUGAUUUCUCAGUCCAAGUUUGUCCAGACGCACUGUGGCCUCUACGACCUACCCAGGUUCGCCCAUGAAGACCUGAACAUUGGACCCAUGAUUGCGUAUGGAGGCUUUAGCAAUGUGCACGAGAUUGAAUCCUUCAAGAUGGAUACCCCAUUGGUAGAAGGAGACAACGAAGGCAAGAGAUAG